AUGCCCGAAGCACCUCCCCAAGGAGGCAUCCAGGGAGCAUCUGAUCCAUCAGUGCAACAAGUACAGCGGAGCACCCCUGCAGGGCUGGAGGAGUACAACCCAUUCACUGACGCCAGGCCGACACCUACAGUUAUGGCGCCUAAGACGGCAGGCCCCACGGUCAGCACACAGCCGGCCAUCAUGAAACCCACAGAGGAGCCUUCGGCCUACUCACAGCCUCAGACACAGGAGUCGUCACAAGCUGCUGCCGAGCUGCUGAAGAGGCAGGAGGAGCUGGAGAGGAAGGCCGCAGAGUUGGACCGCCGGGAGAGAGAGCUGCAGUCCCUCAGUGCUUCAGGAGGCAGGAGGAACAACUGGCCCCCCCUCCCACAGAACUCCCCCGUGGGUCCUUGUUUCUACCACGACAUCAGCGUGGACAUCCCUGUAGAGUUCCAGAAGACGGUUAAAGUCAUGUACUACCUGUGGAUGAUGCACUCUGGGACGCUGCUGGCCAACAUGGUGGGCUGCCUGGCCUGGUUCUGUGUGGACCCGUCCCGUGGAGUGGACCUGGGUCUGUCCAUCCUCUGGCUGCUGCUCUUCACUCCGUGUGCGUUUGUGUGUUGGUACCAACCUAUUUACGGAGCCUUCAGGAGCGACAGCUCGUUCAGAUUCUUUGUCUUCUUCUUCGUGUACAUCUGUCAGUUUGGGGUUUACGUCAUGCAGUGCAUCGGCAUCACUAGUUGGGGAGCAAGUGGUUGGAUUUCUGCUCUGACCGCUCUGAACAGAAGCGUCCCAGUCGGCAUCUUGAUGAUCAUCAUUGCAGCGCUCUUCACCUCCCUGGCUGUCCUCGCCCUCAUCAUGUUUAAAAAGGUCCACAUGCUGUACCGGACCACCGGCGCCAGCUUUGAGAAGGCCCAGCAGGAGUUCGCCACCGGCGUCAUGUCCAACAAGACGGUCCAGACGGCUGCUGCCAACGCUGCCUCCACCGCUGCUCAAGGAGCCUUCAAAGAGCAGAUCUGACAGUUC